GGAAGAGAGGGCGUGUCUGGCAGCUCAAGGGGCCCGCUGAUUGGUUGGAAGGCGCCGGAGCCGGGCGGCUCCGCGGGCCACAGAAGGGCGGCACCGAGGACCAGGUCCCGGAGGUGAGGACCGGCUUCAGUGAGACUAUCAUGGCAGCUCGGGCCGGUCAGGGGGCCCUGAGAAAGGUGGUUUCGGGAUGCCGUCCAAAGUCGACAGCAGCGGCCGGAACCCCGGCUCCGGCGCAGAGGCUUACCCGGAACGUCAGAUAUUUUGCUUCCUGUGGUACACUGAUGAGCAGAACUCUUCCACUAUAUACCUCCUUAGUUUUGCCUAAGGAGAUAUAUGCGAGAACUUUCUUCAGAAUUGCUGCGCCAUUAAUAAACAAAAGAAAAGAAUAUUCAGAGAGGAGAAUUAUAGGAUAUUCUAUGCAGGAAAUGUAUGAUGUGGUAUCAGGAAUGGAAGAUUACAAGCAUUUUGUUCCUUGGUGCAAAAAAUCAGAUGUAAUAUCGAAGAGAACUGGGUAUUGCAAAACACGAUUAGAAAUUGGGUUUCCACCUGUGUUGGAGCGCUAUACAUCAGUAGUAACCUUGGUGAAACCACAUUUGGUAAAGGCAUCCUGUACUGAUGGGAAACUUUUCAAUCAUUUGGAGACUGUUUGGCGUUUUAGCCCUGGUCUUCCUGGCUACCCAAGAACUUGUACCUUGGAUUUUUCAAUUUCUUUUGAAUUCCGCUCCCUUCUGCACUCUCAGCUUGCCACAUUGUUUUUCGACGAAGUUGUAAAGCAGAUGGUAGCUGCCUUUGAAAGAAGAGCAUGUAAGCUGUAUGGUCCAGAAACAAAUAUACCUCGGGAAUUAAUGCUUCAUGAAGUUCAUCACACGUAAAGGGAAAAAAGAACUGGUCACCUGUUUAUAACUUUAUUCACUUUUAGGAAGUGCUUUUAUCAUUUGCUUUCAGAAGUUAGAAAGCAUUUGUUAAACCCAGCUUUGAUUAUAAACCUACACCGUUGAGAAUUUGCACUUGGAAUAUGGAACCACGUGUACACAGAAUUCAAUCAAGUGUAAUUCAAAGUAAUGUGUUUAUUAGCAUAUUUACAAUAGUAGGAUGUCAUCACUUUUAACCAGAAAUUGAAACUGUAAACUUAAACCUUUUAAUUAUGACCUUACCUGAAAGUGGUUAGUUAAGAUACUCACACGGUAUGUAUUAUGUUAACCAUUAUCACCUUUAAGUUAUUAAAUUCAGACUAUUUAUAACUUAUUGUCAUAGGGCCUGCCUCUUGGCUUAGGAUAUUCGAGUAAUCAUCAGAUAUUUAAAAUAGAAACUUAGACUUAAAAAUACUGUUAAUGAAGGUUCCUUGGCACUUUUCUUAAGUUAUUCUUAUGGGUAGUAGGUAAUUCAGUGCUAUCAACAGUGAGAUUAACUCCCAGAUUAAACAGUGAAUAUUUUUUUGGUGAGUGGUCCAGAUCUUUAAGCUACUUUUCUUGUAGUUUGCAGCCCUCUCCCAGGUACUUUGACUGCUUUCAGUAAUGUUGAUUAUGUGUCCGGUUUUGUCUACAACAGUGGGCAACACAUGAAGAUAAGUUGGUUGAUAUAUCUCCAGCACCAUGCAUCCCUAUUUUCUAUUUAUUGUGUGUAUUCACUUUCAAUAAUGUAUUUCAAACAUAUUUUUGUAAACAAAUUAAUGUCUAAGGAGUGAAGUAGUAACUUAAUAAAGUUAAUUUGUUUAUUUUUUGUA